UACCCCAAGCUAGCGAUCUCGUCCGGUUGUCUCAAGGUGAGAGACUUUUAUGUUGCAACGUCAUCUACAGUCACACCUCAGGUCGGUUGUAUCCUAGAUGAGGACCAGUCAGAUUACGAUCCAUUCGUAAGACCUUACGUCGGCAAGGCUGUGGACGGGUUCUACGAGUACCUGAAAAAUGAAGUUCACGGCGGGUGGCAUGUAUAGGGCAUACUAUGCUAAAUUCUGUUCGAUCGUCCAAAGUUCAGGUACAGGAAAAUCAAGACUAAUGAUCGAGCUCCGGAACAAAGGUGUUAUUGUUUUGUACAUGAACCUUCGUGAUCCGCGUGAUCAGGGCUUCCCUAUGCGAGACCUAGUGCCCGCGCGUAUAUUGACGGAAGAUACGGACUGUACUCAAGCCGAGUAUACUGCUCGUUGUCGCGCCUUCUUUACAGCCAUAUUUCAGACGCUGCAGGAGGAUCUGAGCAGCAAACUUCCUCAGCUAUGCUCUGGCAAUCCUAAUCCUGUAAUCAAAUCAUGGAAUGACCAAAUGUGCAAUAUGGGCUCGAAUGCUCGUUCCGAGUUCUUUCAGAAAGUUCAUUUUCGAUAUCAGGAGACCCUUACCAAGAUCAGCGAAUCGUUACUCAAGACAUCUUAUAACAACAUGCUGAUGGUUCUGCAGCGUAUAUUUAAUGAGAAGUACAAGGACAGGCAUGAUCCCAAACUCGUGAUAGCGUUUGACGAGGCCCACCCUCUGAGCAGCAUGAGUAGAAAGGGAUUUCGUCUAUCACAUAUCAUUGGUACGACAAUCAACUGCUACUCCAAUCAAAGAAUUGCAUCGGUUUGGGUCGUCUUUGCAUCCACGACCCCGCAGGUGGCAGAUUUUUCAGUGCCUCAGUCGAUCCAUGAUUCUAUGCGCGUAGCGGUAUCCGGCGAACUCCUCUAUCCGCCCUAUAGACAUCUUGGUUGGGACCAGAAUGCAGAUCCUCUGUCUGGUACGUCGGCGAAUAACGUUGCGAGCUUUGAUCACAUCGUCGGAUUCGGUCGUCCGCUGUUUGUCCCUAUGUUUUUAUUCUCGUUUUCAAUCUCAUUGACCGCCAUGAAUAGAUGGAAGUCAGUCGUAGGGAAACUUGAUAUCGCUAAUGUUUCGAAACUGGCUGCCCAGAAACUCUGCAAAUCGAUGUCAUUUGACGCGAGUGAUGCGAAUCAGGCUCUUGCUGUCCUGUCCCAGAGAUUCGGUCUCGACAUUUGCUUGGGUCACCCUGAUGCUGUGUCUUAUCUCGAAAAAGCAGUAGGCAGUUACCUGCGCAUAUGCUUCUCGACGACCGAAGAUAAAAUGUGGGCCUUUACCGGUUAUCCAUCAGAACCCAUUCUGUCUUGCGUUGCAGCAAUUAUGCUCCAUGGGAGGCCUGACAAUUUGGAUUUCGUUUUGUCCAUCUUGGGAAAAAAGGUUGAUGAUGGGAUGGUCGAAAUAGGACAGAGCGGGGAGUUGGCCAGUAGGCUUUUGCUGCUCAUCGCUAAGGAUCUCUUUAUCCGCAAGGACCCCCCCAAAGACGUAAUCCGGGAUCUAUACUAUUACGGAAGUGGGGAUGCAGAGCUGAUGGACUGCCGGAAGGUCUCCCUCAUCGAUUUCUUAGAGUACCUAUUUGGCCAGACAUUCUGGUCAAGGACGGCUAAGGAGGCCAAGGCAGCUUUUCAGCAUGCUUACAUCAAUUUCUCGCACUGGGUGUCUAUGACAGAGUUCAUAUCAACCCCGGUUCCCGAUCAAACUGACACUGAUUCGUUGAGUGCUAGAUGCAGCACCAAAGAGUGGACUUUGCGGCACUGGCAUCGCACAAGUGCGGUCCAAUGCUGUCAUCUGCAGCCGCUUGUCGACAAGAUGAUUCCCAUCUAUUUUGACGAUCCUGCCCUUGGCUCCGAUGAUCUCAAUCGCGUCUCACAGAUGUUUAUUUCCGACAAAGCGGGAGAAAACUGCCAUGAGCAUGACUUAGGGUUGGUCACUCGCACGCAUGAUUCAAUCCAGUGCCUAUCGAAUCUCCCCUACAUCGCUCUUCUUCUCGACCUGGAUGCGAAACCAAAGCUUAAUGUUACGUUCCAGGAGAAGGAGCCAAAUCACGCCGAAACAGACCGAUGUCUGCGGAUCUACGCUUCUGGAAUUAGCGACACCACAUUUCCAUUCUUGAGCCAACGUCCCACAGUUGCGAGGCAGCUGCGUGGGUUUGUCUCUCGGCAGAAGGAAGUACCAUCCCAAACCAAUCUCGAAGCUCUGGUCAAAUUUGGGAGCACCGCUAGGCUACGCAACUUGCAGUGGGAACUACAAGAUGCAUGAUAUCUUGAAUCAUAACUAGAGGAUUGUAGUAAAGUGAAAGCGAUGUAGGGCAUGUUCCUGUGUAAUAGUGUGUAUGAUAGAUAACGAUCGUAGCGCUGCUGCUUUGUUUCCGCCCUUUGUGACCUUGUAGUUUUACGAUUUUGUCGGCCACUGUUUUGAUGUUACGUUUUUACUUCAUCGGUUGGUUUUCUAAGUGACCCGAGUUACUUACGAGGCCGCGUAGAAUUUAGUGUGUUAGUAAGCGACACGGCGCAGCGCCCUUUGCUUGACUUGGCUUACACUGGUCUGCACACGCCUCAAUCGAGCCUC